UUGAGAGGUGUGCAAUUGACUGUGACAUCCUGGGUUGUCUGCAGGCUCCCCAGUGAGGUGUUUGUCCCGGCAAUAGCUUUUACUGCUCCGGGAGCUGUUCCGUUCCUCUGGCCAACAACGACUACC